ACACCGUUCAGAAUCCCGGGAUAGUUUUUGUUGGCCCACCAACUUUCAGCCGUUUUAUAACACAGGAGGCGGGUUUAACUUCUGCAGCUCUGGACCCAAAGACAUGCUGGGCUGGAACGGGUAAACCCGGGUUAAGUUCAGUUUUGUAGCGUUAGCACGGCUGUUGCGGUUCCGUGCUAAAAUGUCCCGGGUUUUGAUCGUCGGAGCCGGUCUAACAGGCAGCCUGUGCGCAUGUCUGCUGAGGAGAGAGCUGCAGAAUAAAGUCCAGAUAGUGGUGUGGGACAAAGCGAGGGGCUCAGGAGGCAGAAUGUCCACCAGUCGUCCUCCCAACCCUUCGUCUCACUCGGCUGAUCUCGGCGCUCAGUACAUCACUGCCACGCCGGCCUAUGCUCAGUCACACCACAGUUUCUACUCUGAGCUGCUGUCGUCCGGCGUCCUGCAGCCUUUCCACGGUCUGAUCGAAGGUCUGAGGCAGAAAGACGACAGCAAGAACUACAUGACGCCACUGGGCAUGUGCAGUGUGGUCAAGCACUUCCUGUCUGAGUCAGGAGCUGAGUUGUUCUUUGAGCAUCACGUGACCGGCCUGUACCGCCGCGGUGCAUCAUGGGAGGUCCAGAGGAAGGCAGGAAGCAGCGAGACGUUCGAUGCGGUGGUCCUGACAAUGCCGGUCCCUCAGAUCCUGCAGCUGCAGGGAGACGUGGGACAAUUGCUGUCUGUCCAGCAGAGGCAGCAGUUAGACGGAGUUGUGUACUCGUCUCGUUUCGCCGUCGCUCUCUUCUUCCCUCCAGACAUCGUUUUCAGUUUCCCCUGGGUGGCUCGAUAUGUCACCGACAACCCCUGCGUCUGCUACGUCGCUGUGGACUCCCGCAAACGCAACACAGGUCAAUGCCCCGGUCUCGGUCCGUCCCUCGUCGUCCACACCAGCGUCCCAUUUGGCCUUGAGCACCUGGAGCGAGACAAGGAGGACAUCCAGCCAAUCAUCUUACAGGAGCUCCACAAACUGCUUCCUGAUCUGCCUCAGCCAAUCAGCAUCAAGUGUCAGAAGUGGAGGUACUCUCAGGUGCUGACCUCCGUGCCGGACUGUCCGGGUCAGAUGACCAUCCUCGACCGGCCACUGCUCGUCUGCGGCGGCGACGCCUUCAGUCACUCCAACUUUGACGGCUGCGUGGAGUCUGCACUGAGCGUGCUCAGUGUGCUGAAGGCCUCACUAUGACGUCACAGGAAGUCGUCAAAGCUGUGGACGAGUUUCAGGGCCCAACAGGAAGAUCUGACCUGAUACUAUUAAUGAUCAAUAGGCAUCAUCAAUAGGUUAACGACAAGGGUUAAGAGUUGAAUGAAGUGAUUAAUUAAAUGUUUCAGUAAUUGUUUGUAUUUCACUGUUUUGUCUUUAUCAGAAGGUAUUUGUUUGUCUGAGCUUUAAAGAUUAACUUAAACCCAAAUUAACUGUGGCUGAAGUUAAAUUUUGUUUAACUCUGGUUAAUUUAAACCUGGUUUAACAUAAUCGAGCUCAGUAUAAAGACUGUUUUGUUCCUAGCCACUGUAGCUUACUCCGUCUCCGUCACUACAGCCGCUAACCUCUUUGGCUCUGGCAAACUGAUCAUUGCUUGUUGAUGUAAAACUCAUCGCUAACAGUUGCCACAGACACCAGAUUUAAAACUCCAGAUCUAGCAGGAGCUGAUUGGCUGAUUCAGCAGCCUGAAUGUCAGAGAUGUUCAUUUAUAAUAUAACAUAAAUUUAAAACGUGUUGUAAAUCUGAUUCCUGUAUAACUGAUAUAUUUACAUGCUGAGGAGUAGUUUGAGGACAAAGUCAGAGCUGACAGACGGAGUGAAGAAGCUGCUGGUUGGUGGUUUCUCUGCUGCUUUUCACUUUCUUUGAUCUUUUUAUAGCAGCAGAUAAGACAGAAUUAGUUAUGGUUUGGUGCCCACAAGGCUCACUGAGUGUGUAUGAGUGUGUGUGUGACCUAAUUUUUCCUGCCUGUUCUCCAGUCGUUUGGAGCACGCUCAGUAGUGCUGCUGCAGUGCAUUGUGGGGGAAGUGAUUAUCAUUUCUGCCAAGUCAUUGAUUGAUCACACUCUGUGAUGUAAACCGUGUGUUUGAACACGUGUUGUUUCAGAGCAGCGAUCGUACAGAAGCUCAAACGAGGUGUUUCUCCCUCUGUCCACUCUAAAAUAACAAUAAAUAUAAAUGUUGUUUAGCUUC